AUGCAACUUUACGACGCUGGCAAGCAGUGCUCUCAUACGCUCUAGGUAUGGGUACGGUACCGUACGUACUGUACAUGUAUGUUUCUGUAACAAUGGCGUAUUCCACGGGCCCACACCACCCCGGACGCCGCCAACCCAAAAUUUUGUGGUUCUAAGUCAACUUCCACCUCGUCGUCGCCGGACCCAACACGAUGCGAUUCCUGUUCAGGUAGAGCGAUUGCGACGCCCAUGACGAGACCUACAGCAAGGGGGCCAAAACGAUAAUUUCCUCAGCACAGCGGAUCCGCCAUGGACGCAGCCGCACUCCUCAAAUCCCAAGGCUGGCGCGGCAAGGGCUUCUCGCUGCACCCCAACGACAACUCGAUCGGCCUCGCCAAGCCUCUCCUAAUCUCCCGCAAUACGGACGGCCGUGGCAUCGGCCAGAAGACACAUUACACCAGCGACCAAUGGUGGCUCCACGCCUUCGACCAGAAGCUCAAGGGCCUCGACACCUCCAAGAAAGGCCAAGUGGUACAGUCGGUAACGCAGGGCAAGCUAGACGUCAUUGCGAGCGCGCAGCCGAACGGGAAAUACACGGGCGCGAGCGGGCUCUAUACCUCAUUCGUGCGCGGCGGCUUGCUCGAGGGCACGAUCGGGUACAAGUCCGGGGCGGGCGAAUCUACGGACGCGACCCCCGCGACCUCGGACGAUGGUGAAGGGUCGUCCUUGAGGAAGGAGAGGCGGGAAGAGAUCAAAGCAGAGAGGCAGGCUAGAAGAGCGGCACGGAGAUUACGCAAGGAGGAAAAGGCCACGAGGAAAGCUGUCGAAAAGGCCGCCAAAAGGGAGUUGAAGAAGGCGAGGAGAGCCACCGAGACAAAAGAGGAGCGGCGUGCCAGAAGAGCCGAGAGGAGGGCGCGGAAGGAGGCGAAGAGGAGGAAACGAGGUGAAGCUGGGGGGCCAAAGCCCGACCAGGGCUGAAGAACUCGAAAUCAGCGUUCUGGGUUAUCAUUCUCCCUUCUGCGCGAGCCGAAGGAUAGGUCCGUGUUGUCUUGGGCCCACGACCUG